UUUCAGCAGCUCAAGCUCUAUUUGCUAAUUUUGAUAAUAACGCUGAAACUUCUAAACAGAUUAUUAAUAAAAUAGGUACUUAUUAUUCAGCAGAUAGAAACUAUUCAGAAGAAGCAGAAACAGAUGGAGCAGUAAUAGCAAUUGAUGAUUUAAACGAAGCUAUUCACAAGGCAAAUGCAGCAUUAGGAACAACAGCUUUAGACACAGCAGCAAAACGCAAAGCCUUUUUUGAUUAUGCCGCUGCUUAUGUUGGCAAUAAAACAGCCGCAGAUAAUGCCGUCGACGGAAAAGAUUUUUCAAGUGAUGGUCUUGUUGCUACUGCUGAUAAGAGUUCUGUUUUAUAUGGCAAAGUUGUUGAAGCUUUAGCAGUAGAUCAACAAAAAAAAUAUGUAGGGGAAAAAGGCUUACAUCAAAUAAAAACUGAUGAACAACUUGCUGCUGUAGUUACUAUGUCAGCUGAUGAUUUAACUAAAGCAACUAUGAUUGUAGCAGGCAAUGCAAAAGAUCAAGCUGCCAUAGUAGCCCACCUAAAAGCUGCUAACGAAGAAAAUGAUGCAGAUAAAAAAAUUGCACUACAAAACAAAGCUGCUGCUA